UGCCUUCAGUGGAAGGAUUAAGCGCUUGAGCUGGUCCUUAUCCUGACAGCAUCCAGCCAGACACGCACAUCCGACAUCACCCCGCAUCUAUCCAUCCAUAUCGUCGAAAUCAACCGGAUCCACCAGCGCGUUUCAUCCCGUGCCAGCUCGCCGUCAGUGGACCGCACCGGUCCACACCCCCCGGACCGGACCGGUGUGUUUUCGAACCACGAGCUUGUGAUGACUCAGUAGUGAAUGGAGAGCAUGUGAUGUAUUUCCAGCUUGCUGUACUCACACAUCAGGAAAUACAGCAGAUCAGUUCUCAUUGGUCCUGAUGGUUGUGAGGGCCCGCCUUCACCACCUCUCAACCAAUCCGCACAAGCGAGAUGUGACAUCCAAUCACACACUGCGAUUUCUGCAUUCUGGAGCUUUUAGGACACAAGCCACACCCAGUUAGAUGGAGGAGAGAGAGCGGAGCAGGAGUCGAUCUCCGCGGAGGGUGGGUCGGGUGGAGCAAGUGGUAGGGAAAUGGCUGCGCCGCUCCCGGGACUCGCUCAGCAGAGAGCGUAUUCUGGGGGGCAGGAGGGCACGCUCCAGAGAAGCUGGACAGCAGAACUUCCCAGUGAAGGUGACAGUGGAGGUGAUCAGAGAUGAUGUACUGGACUCCCAUGGUUUUACUCUCUCUGCACAGCACCCCCUGCUGGUCAGGGAUGUCACUCCAGGAGGUCCAGCAGAUGGUCAGCUCUUACCUGGAGAUCAGAUCCUGAAAGUGAACAAUAACACCAUGGAGGAUCUUUCCCCAGAAAAUGCAGAACAAAUGAUUAGGGAGUGCCAGGACUCUGUAACCAUGACAAUCCUCAGGAACAUGUCGAAUCCUAAGUCUUCAUUCAUCACAGCAGAGAAGAGAGCUCGCCUGAGAAGAAACCCCGUUAAAGUGCGCUUCGCAGAAGAGGUGGUUGUCAACGGACACACUCAGGGAAACUCUCUUCUUUUUCUGGCCAACGUUCUGAAGGUUUACCUGGAGAACGGCCAGACCAAAGCCUUCAAAUUUCACAAGACCACUACUGUCAAGGAUAUUGUGUUGACUCUGAAAGAGAAGCUGUCCAUUCGCUCAAUUGAGCAUUUCUCACUGGUGCUGGAACAGCAAUAUAACAACACCAAACUACUGUUACUGCAUGAGGAAGAGCUCAUACAGAAGGUGGUGCAGAAGAAGGAUUCCCAUGACUACAGGUGUCUGUUUAGAGUCUGUUUCAUUCCCAGAGACCCAGUGGACCUCAUGCAGGAUGACCCAGCGGCCUUUGAGUACCUCUUCCAACAGAGUGUGGGAGAUGUGUUACAGGAACGUUACGCCGUUGAGAUGAAGUGCAACACGGCGCUGAGACUAGCCGCUCUGCACAUGCAUGAGAAACUGGCGAGCUGCGGACAGACCACAAGAGCAUCUGUGAAGGCUGUUGUUAAAGAGUUUGGUUUAGAGAGUUUCAUCUCUCCCACACUACUGAGGAACAUGAGAGAGAAAGACCUGCGCAAAGCUCUGAACCACCACAUGAAGAAGAUCCAGUCACUGCUGGAACCACGACAGAAGGUUAUCUCUGUGUCUCAGGCCCGGUUGGCUUAUCUGACCCAGAUGGCAGAACUGAUGUCAUACAGCGGGAGGAGCUACAAUGCCACCAUGCUGCUGCAGGACAGAGAGUCGUUGGUGAGUUUGCUGGUGGGAGCAAGAUACGGGAUCAGCCAGAUCCUAAACCACCAGCUCAACAUGAUUUCCACCAUUAUAGACUUCCACUACAUCACCAGAAUAGAGGUGCUGGCAGAGUCUGACAGAGUCAGCAUGGUCAAGAUUUACCUACAGGACAUCCAGCCUAUGGCUUUAUUAAUGGAAUCCGUAGCAGCUAAAGAUUUGGCCUGUCUGCUGGCUGGAUACUGCAAAUUGCUGGUGGAUCCCAACAUCAACGUGUUCCGCUGGAGACCGAGACCUAAAAUGCGACGCAUUCUGGUGGAGGAAGGGUAUAUUUCUCGAUGUGGCAGUGAUUCAGAAGACAGUUCAGAAGAUGACUACGCCAUGGAGAGUCUGCUGGAUACUCAGCUGUCAGAGGACACCAUGUCUAAUCAAACCAACGAUGGCACAGAAGAAGGAGAGGAAGCAGAGGGGAAAACUGAAGCCGAGGCAGAGAGGGUGAAAGUGAUUGUAACGCAUCCCUUUUUAGAGGAUGAAGGAAGCGAGGCUGGCAAGAGCGAGUCUGUCAGGGAUGAGGGUUUCACAGCGACAAUGGAUGCCCUUUUGGAGACGGGCUGGUACACCGACCCAAGAGUCAACAGCAGUUUCUCUAGCUUGUCUAGUAACUCGUUGAAUGCGCUGGAGGAGAGUAUCAAAGCGGCCAUUGGUGAUCUUGGCCAAAUGGAUGACCCUCAGGAAGGUAAGCCCAGUUCUGGGACCUCAAGUCUGGAUGUCCAUCACCCAUACCUGCUGGAGGUGCCUGAGCGUUUAGAUCAAAAGUACAGUUUAAACAAAUCUGUGCGACUUUCUGACCUGUCCUAUGAUAAUCACUCAGGUCUACGCUACACUGACCUCUCCCAAAUGUCUGACAGCUUGCCAAGUUUGCCUGCGGCCAGUGAUGAUGCGUUGAGUGACGAGGAAGAGGAUGACAAAAAAGGAGAGAGUGGGAAAGAUGGUCGCAUUUCCAGCAUGUCCGCAGAAUUUGAGGCUGUGUUAGCCUCUUGUAGCACCAACAGCAUAAAUGCUAAACUAGCAGGUGUGAAUUUUCAGGCACUCUUCGCCAGGAUUCACAACUAUCCAGCAUGUCGACAAGAGGGAAACACCUUUCCACAUAACCAGACAGAUGCAAAUGAAGUGAAACAACAGGGACCAUCUUCAAAGAUUAGAGCACAGGCUGGGCUGAGGAAAACAGUGCCCUCAAAUGUCCUUGAAAAAGCUAAAGACACUAGAGAUAGUGGUUCAGAAUCUGAGGAGGAAUUUUUUGAUGCUCAAGAUCGAUUUACCCCUCCCACCACAGAGCAACACCCCACAGAGAAUGGUUCCGAUUUGAAGAACAUCCAAACUCCUCUUAGUGAUAUUGAGAUUAGUGUGGAGGAUCAUACAAAGGAUCAUGAAUAUAAAGACAGCAGAAGAAAGGAAAAGAUAGUGGAGAGUACCUCACUUGAUAAAGAUACCCCCAAUGAGAAACCUUCACUUGCUAACCAUAUCACCCAUAGUGGGUCUAAAAACACUGAAUUGGAGGUUCAUCAGCCUUCAGUUAUUUUGCCUCCCACACCUACACCUGUGGAGCCUAAGCUUUUCUCUGCUAACCACACCUCGGUUCAGCAAGCCCAGCACUGCAAUGGGGACAUCCCUGGCCGAAAUGCUCAUCUUUCAUCACAGCUUCUGGAGAUGGAGCCAGACACUAUGGAGUUCAAACCAGUCACUGGGCCUGAACCAUCACUGUCUUCGUCACUAAUAACAGCAGUACGCCAAGCAACACUUUCACAGACCUUAGUAGACCCAGAGACUCAAAAUGGACCCAGACAACAAAAUGGAAUAUCUGACCAUACCCCAGUCUGUGUGGAAAAAAAGACUCCUCCAAAUCAUGUGCAUCCAGAAGGACUUGAUACUCAAGACAUUAAGCCAACUCAGAAAGAGCCAACAAAUUCCAAAGGAAAGACUGAACCUGAGAAAAUAAAAGCAGACAGCAAUGGUUCUCUACAAUCUCUUGAAAGUAGAAAACCAGAAAAUAAACCACCCAAGCUACAAACAAAGCCCCCAAUACCCCCCAAGCCUGCAACCAUUAUUUUUCAACCAUCCUCAAUUACAGUUGAUGCCCCGGUACAAAAACCUGAGGCCAAGAAAAAUGUUCCCCCCAAUGGACUUUCCCUACACCCCUGGUCUCAGAGAAAUGGUACAACCCCACCCACUACACUAAGUAAGGGUGUCUCUCUUAGUCAUGAAAACCUAAGGACCGAACUGAAGGCUGAAAGCUCUACAGUCAAAGUAUCGAGUGCAUCAAACACGCCUACCCCUUCGCCCUUACCUUCUCCAUCUGUUCAGUCCAUAAGCACUCUUCCUGAAGAUCUAGCUCAAACUGGGACAAGUUUCCUCAACAGAAAAGGUUCGUCUGGACGUCUGUCUGCCACAGUCUUGCGUGGAAAAAUUCAGGAUAUGCCAUGGUACCUCACCCGUUCCCAAGAGAUCUUGGGGACAGUAGCACUUAGCAACACUAUGUCAUCAACAGGCAACAAAGCAACCAAUGGAACAGAUGGAAAUCAUGAAUCCAAGAAAGUAUCCCCCAAGGCCACUUCAGUGCCAUCUUUGAUUGACCGCAAAGAAAAAUAUGCUGAAGUUGUCAUUGUGAAGCUCAAAGAUGGACCAGAAGAAGCGACUCAAAUUCCUGUGAAGGACACCAAUGGGAAACCACCAGCAUCAUCAAGCCAUCCUGACCUGAGGCAAAAAUUUUCUACAGAAGCCACUGAUUUGCACAGGCAUUUUGGAACCUGCAAGUCUGAACAGCCUCAGUCACAGAAAGGCAACCUAACAGAGAUUAGACUUGAAAAUACAUCCUCUCUAUCCUCUACAAGUCCUUCUCAUCGUGAUGCAUGCGGUUGCCAUACAGUCUACGCCACCUGUUUCAGUGCAGAUACAGAGGAUAAUUGUGGCUUUGAUGAUAAUCUCACUGUGUACGAGUUCUCCCGUCGAAACCAGAUCAGUAAACCACCUCAACCCACCCUGGUUCCCUCCCAUUCUAUCAUAUCUGCUCCAUCAUCAAAUGUCCUAUCGCUACUUAGAGAUUCACCUCGUCCCCUGUCAACGUCCUCAGAGCUCAGUCCACUCCUGAUCCCACCCAGGCCUCUCAAAUCUCUGCCUCUGGACUACGGCCCCAUAGAUAAUCCUCUCCGCACCCUGCAGGGCCGCCAUUAUGUUACCGGUCAAAAAGGUGCUGGGCUCAAAGACGGCUAUGCCUCUUUGCAGCAAGACAUUGAUGAACUUCUUUUGUUGUUGAAGAAAGGACCCUCCAAUAUAUACCCUUCUUGUCACAAGGGGCAGUGUGAAAAUGGCAAUGGCUUGAAUGGGCACUCACUUUCAGAGACAGAACGAUGCCUGGUUCAAGCCGAGGCACGGAGGCUGGCGUCGGGAUGCCAGAGGGCUACACGGGUAGGCUGGGCGCCUGAUGAUGCUCUUCUGUCGCUCGGUAACAGCUUUGGAGCGCUGGUGCAGCUGGCCUCCACUUGUAUGCGAGUUCCCUGUUCGGACUGCGGAGGUUGUCAUGGUGAUAUUGAUGCGGAUGAGGCCCUGGGGAAGCUUGAAGAGAUUGUGGACCUGUAUAAGGAGUUUGUGGCCGCUGUAGAAAUGGCGAGAGAGGGCGAGGGUGUCAGGCUGUUGGCCAAGCAGUGCACGGUUCUUAUUUCUACAGUCUUCUCACUCACUCAGCUAUUUAGGACACGGACGCCAGACAUAGACAAUGGAAAUGUACCUCUGAACUUUUAAACUUUACCUUCCGGCUCUAAAAUUGAAACUGGACCAUAUAGUGAGAGCAUUGAAUUGUACUUCAAAAGUAUCAAUGCUUUUUGGGCAUCUAAAAACUGAUCGUGUGCUGGCACACAAGAAUAAUAGCAAGUGCCAUGAGCAUACACAAUGUUAACAAACUGACUAGAGAGAACUAUUACACAUUAAUCUGUUUGUCUUGCCAAGUCUCCCUAUAAACGUACUUGAAUUAUGCAUUCAAACGUAGCUGUUUUCUAACUGUUCUUUAAUUCCUGAUGUAUGUACAGUCUGUAGUAUGUAUGUAUUUAUUUUUUAAAUACAGUAUAUGUGCACCGUGGUUUCUAACCUACUAUACCUGCAUUUUGUUUUGUGUUUUUAUUUUGUGUAUGUGAAUCCCUACCUCUUGCUCUAAUAACCAUGGAAACCAGAGAUAAACAGUGUUGAUAAACAAUGUUAUGUACCUUCAAUGAUUUAGUUGCUCUUUACAGAUUGAAUGGACAAAUCUUACAGACUUUUCUAAGGGCGCUUACACACAAGAGAAAGCAUCUGACAAAUAGGAAUGCAUAAGAUUCAUUUUGAAACGGUUAAAAGACCUGGGUCAGUUUGACAUCAAUCGGGAAUACAGUAAAUUAAAUUUCCGAAAGCACAACUAGACCCACUUCUCUGAAAUACUCAUUGUUCAAUGGAUGCCAAUAUCAGCAAAAGGUAGAACUUUUGGUUGCAUGACUAAAUGUCACUGUCGUAAAACUUUGCUUUUUUCCAUUAUGUUUUUGCGAUGCACAAUCCCCACUGAAAUCAAUAGAUUGGUAGCAUUCUCUAUGGUGCUGCAUUAAUUCUAGUGUGUAGGUGCCCUAACACAACAAUUUGUACAACCAAAUAGAUGCUGGGAACAACUUGGAGAACACUAAAUAACCCAAGUACUUAUGCAGUAACUUUUCACCAGACUUUACAAAGGACUUUCAUUUUGUCUGCGAUAUGUGUCUGUAGAAUGAGAGAAGAUGGUAAUAGAAGUGUGGACAUUUGGAAUUUUUUGUACCUGUACGUCACUGUGUCAAGUCUGGCAUUUGAUGUAAGUUUUUAUAUUGGCUGACUGUUAACCACAGAGAUCGGUGUGGUCCAAAGACGUAAUAGCACAAUUGGGGUGUGUUUACACAACAACAUUGUCACGAUGUAACUGUAGCACCCUGUAACUGACCCCAAUUAUAGCCAAACCACACAAUUUCUCACUUGUCCUUCAUUUUUGACUAUGCAAGUGUCACAAUUUGUAUUGGAAAUUAUCCACAUAUACUUACGUUUUCUACAUAUGAUCACUUUUUUUUUUUUGGUGGAUCACUUAUAAUAGAGGACUUCCCUGACAAGCUUAGGCUUUAUCUUUUAUCAUUUAUCUUGGAGGACCUUCAUGAAAGUUUGUUAAAUUGCACCAUAAUGCAAAUGCAGCAUAUUGUUUAUCAUAAUUUGCCUACUGUUUAUUUUAGAAAAAAAAAAAAAAGAAAAAAAUGUUUGGUUGAAAAGGUUUUUCCUUUCAAUUCUGUAAAUGGUGUUUAGCACCAAUUUUCUAAUACUCGGUGCUCUAUUCAUUAUUGUAAAUCACAUUUGAAUAGGACCCUAAAUAUACUCUACAUGAGUACUUGAAUAGAAGUGCUUCAUUUGAAUUCUGAAACGUGUCAACACAACGCUAACGCAAAGCAAGUGCUCAUUGCAUUCUUAGCGCUGCCACAAGGGGCACUGUAGAGGGCAUUAUUAUAAACUGUCUUCUUCUACUAUCAGUUUUCUCUAUCAGGUCAACUACUGUCAUAGUAGAUAAACAGUUUGAAGCAAAUCUUGCUGAGCAAGUUAAACUGUCAACAUGUUUAUUUUUGUAACCUGAAUUUGAAGGUAACUCUAUCGCCCCCUUGAGUACAGAGGUUUGUUACCAUCAGACCAAAGCAAGAAUGCACGUGAAGUAUAUAUAGUACAACAGAACUGCAUGCUUGCAAUGCAUUGGUCAAGCAUUCAUGGCAUACUUGCAUUGGGCAUGUUUCUGGCCUUAGAUUGCUAUUUUAGGACUUGGCUAUCAUGCAAAAAAUAUAUAUUUUUAUGGAUUGGAGGAGAUAAUCAAACAUCUGUACACUCAGUUUGGAACACUUGAGUUCUGGUGUUUGAGACCAGUGUUUUGCAUUUUCAGCAAUUGUCUGAAAAAUCGGACUCCUAGAUCAGGUUUCAAAAGGCAGACUCCGCUCAGAGCAUAUCAUUUAUUAAAUCGCCCAGAUCACCUGACCAACUAGAGGUCAAUAGAUAGAUGAUGACAUUAUCCUGUUUGGUUCUGAGUUAUUUGAAAUUAGAGAAGUGCUUCCAUAUGGCAGUAAUAUCACACAUAUAAGACACUUCCCCCACCAACACAUACACACACACACACACACACACAUACUGCCAGAUUGUGGUUAUCUAGUCAGCCAGAUGGCUAGUUUGACUCAAGAGAAAAUAAAUAAAGAUACAUUUAUAUACAAACAUAACCUGGGAAUUUGUGUAUGUAAUCUGUUAUUAUUCAUUUAUUUAGUAGCACACCAGAAAUUCUUACAUACAGACUCUUCGGAGGAGCGAUUGUCAUAUCAAACUACCAGAGAACAAACAUAUUUCUAUAUAUAAAACUUCCUGUAAAAUGAAGGUUCUGAGAAUGAGAUCAAAUGAACUGCCAUGUCGACUGUAGCAAAUACGAAGCAAAAAAUAAACUGCUUGAAUGGAUCAUAUGUAUUAAGGCAUAAUGGAUGCAGACAUUUGCAAUUUAAGUUGCACACAAUAAAAGCUUACUUGUUGUUGUAUGUGAAUAUGAAGGCAAAAUGGAUUAAAUGAGAAGGGACAAUGGAGAACGUUUUGCAUUCCCUCAACUGUGUUCAUGAAAAUAAAAGUUUGAUUUUGAAGACAAA